AUGUUCAAUGGCAUACUUCAUUGUUCCAGAUAUGAAGUUCAACCUCUGGAAAAAGAUUCCUCAACAUCACCGUCGCAAGGACUUUCGUGCUAUCAUCCUAAGGAUCCAUCGACAAGUACGGAGAUGUGGUGUCGUCUUGUUCGCACUUCAGCCCCGAUAUACUGGUGGCUCAUAGUAGCGACCUUGAUAGGCCACGGGCUUGGAGCUGCGCUAGGAAGAAAAGCGGAUACUUCGAUUCCUCAUUCUCACGAACAUACUCAAGCAACUGUGACUCUUUUGAACGAGGCUCCUUCACAAGAGUUACGCAACAACACAGAUAUCUCGUCGUUCUCAGGCGACUUCCCUAUCUGUACCGAUCUUAAUGGUCCAAUAGCUCCUUUUUGUCUACCUAAGGAUGGAGCAGACGUUACAGCCGACGCGACGUACUAUGUCACAUGGAAUGCAGACUUCUACCCUCUGAACGCGACGAUCACAAUCGAAUUGAGAUAUGCGAAUUCCUCUCAGGGAGACUCGGCAUUCACGUCUGAAAAGACUGAUAACAGUUACGGUUAUAUUUCGCUUCCUAUGCAGAAGGAAUGGCUCCAAGGAAAGCCAUACAAUGCUCUGACCCUUUAUAUCAUCGAGCUGGAUCCUACGUCGGGCAGCCGAGCUAGUGCCCGGCAAGGCCCAACUGUCAUACUCCAUCCUAAACCAGUUGAACACUACAAGCCUUCCCCUCGGACACCAUUUAACAGGACGGCUCUUCUUAUCGGACUUCCUGUCAGCCUUGGUGUUGUCAUUGCUGCUGUUGCGGGUCUAGCUUUUGGCAUGCGUAAAAGCAGGAAGACCGGGCUGAGAGACGUCGUGAGUGCCCGAGGAAGAGGCUACGGAAUUGGAAAAUCCAAGAACAAACGUCUUGGGACCAAAAGGGAGAUUAAUGGGCCAGAUUCUUUUGCAGCCUUGAAUAAAUACAGAGAGGACUCUGGUGAAGGCUUCUCCGAAUUUGAGGGUUCAGAGAAGUCUCACGGACUCGAGCGCAGCGGGAGCUUUGCGUGUAGACAAGAGGUAUCAAGGCUGAAGACAUGGAGCGGUUAA